AUGUCCGAACGCAUCAAACGCCGCAAAUUGAACCUCGAAGCACAACCACCCCCAAAUUCCAACCUAGAAAACACUCCAAAAAUAGAACAUUUCCCGGAAAAAAUACUCUUUCAAAUCAUCGCCAAUAUUCCCGGUCUUGAUACCCUGUGGAACCUUCUGACUGCAUCACCUCGCUGUCUUCGCCUCUUCAACAACCAAGCGCUCAACAUCAUCGAACAAAUCUUUGCGAGCCCUAAUUCCAUCCUACCGCCGAAAAUCCAGGACAUUGUCCGUGCUGUAAUUCUCACAAGAGCGGGUUCUCUUCCGUUCAAGAGCCGCAAUGAGUUGCGUUACCAAUUUAUACACCACAAGCUGCCUCUUCGAAUAGUAAAAGACAAAACAUGCUUGAAUUUUGGUCCCGAUCGUUUGACCGCUUCUGAUAUACCGGCCUCAAUUCUUCGUUCCGUCGUUGCAACGGCUCACCACAUUUCCGCUCUAACACACGCAUGUCUAUCGUUCUACCUCGCACAAGUCUACAACCCGAGUGUAUUUGCACCUCAACAUGCUCAAACUCCCCUACCUCUCUACAAGGUUAGAGGUUCAAACCCUCCCGCGGGCGAUAAAACACCUGCUUGGCACCAAGUUUUCGUUGGAACGCCCUACACGGUAGUUGACGCGGGACCAGCUAGUUGGGUGGAAGAGAUGCGUGUUACGCGCGCCAUGUGGCUCAUUCAGUUGGUGGGAGACGUGCGGUCUUUUGUGUUUAACAAUUUCAGUACAUCAGGCUGGUCGUACGAUGACAUCAACACGACGUUCCCGACAUCAACAGACGGCCUUGCUCAGGAUGGAACCAUGAACAGCGCUGCCGAAGAGAUACGAUCUGUAUUGGCAUAUCUGGAAAAGCUCGGCAUCCAAACAAAAGGCACACCAUUCUACAAACUACCCAAACUCCCUGCAGAUGCAAUAUCCGUCAACCCAGUAACUCCUCUUCCAGAUCCAUGCGAAGCAAUGUGGGGAGGCUUCGGCAUCUGGUACAACCACGGCCACAAAACCAUCAAACUGCCCCCCACGCCCGAAGCCCGAAAACGAGCCAAAAGCCCCAAACUCAGCGAAUCUUCUCUACGCGGCCAAACGAGAGCCAGUCUCGAAAUUGAAGCUCCCGCACUCACCAUGCUCCGACACUUCACAGAGGGGAGAUACGGGCUACCUAUAACAAAUGCAAGGUUCGACGCGUAUCGGCCGUUUGGACUGGCGUUUUGGGAUAAACGGAGAUUGCAUCUAUUGGGUCUCUUGGGGGAGGGGCAGCAGAGUGAGCGGGACCUUGAUUUUUAUUGUUUUGCGUGGGAGAGCCUGAUGGAGGCUAGUUGGGUGAGGCAUAUCAUGAGUGUGUUGAGGGACGGAGUUGAGCUGGAGAAUGAGAGCGAAGGUGGUGUAUCUGGUGUUGGGUCUGAUGAUGAAGAGUAA